UUGCGUCGAACGUAGGCCAAGCGCAAAUGUGAAUACUCUUGGGCCUAAGUAUCAGAGGGCUCGCGGCGCGUUCCGCCGACUCGACAGCGCAUCGUGGCCAGACGAAUCGUUGGGCGUGCCUCGCCCCAGGAGUCGCAAGCUCCCGGUCCGAUCGCGCUGAGCGGAGGGAUGGCUCGCGGACGGAGUUGCGACCGAGUCGUCACCUCCGCGCGGCUCGCUUCGCUCCGCUUUACCCCGCCGAGGCGCGUGAGCUCAGCCCGGCGGCGACGGCGGCGGCGCUGUAUAGUGGCGCUGCUGGUGGCACUGCGCGCGCUCGGAAUAUAAUAACCGCGCUAAUAGCAUGCAACUGGGCCAGUCUGCUUGCCAGCUCUCCGCCGCUCGCGUAUACCACGCAUGCUCCAUUCCAACUGUCGACUGUUUACACCUUGCGCGCUCGCAGUCGAAGCGGCCGAUCGCGCCGCGCGCGCUCAGUGCUACCGACGCUUCCGCGGCGAUCCCGAGACUGCGAGCCGGCCGGCGAUCAUCGCUCGCCACUUCUUCCGCUUUCAGUUGGGGGAUCACCACCUCGCUGCUACCAAAAUGGCGCCCAAGCGGAGAUCACCGAUUGCACUUCUCGUGCGGAUCGCCGUCGCACUCUUGGCGCUCGACAGCGCCGACGGCUGUUCGUGUUAUUACACCCACCCACAAGUGCACUACUGUUCGUCUGACUUUGUUAUCGCCGCUAAGGUGAAAGAAAAAAUGACACAGGGGCUCGAAACCACUUACAAAGUUAAAAUUAACAGAAAGUUCAAAUUGUCCAACGACAGUUACAACGAGCACCUAUACGGCGGCCUGCUCUACACGUCGAGCAUCGAGUCGAUGUGCGGGGUGCACCUGAGCCUGGGCGAGAGCUACGUGGUGAGCGGCCGCGUGGUCGAGGGCAAGCCGCGAGUGAGCCUGUGCGACCUCGUGACCAAGUGGGCCGAGGUGACGAAGCGCCAGCGCAAAGGACUCAAAGGGCUCUACGCCAAGGGCUGCAUGUGCGACGUCAGCUACACGAGCUUCAGUCGCAAGGGAGAGGCCUUGCACCGGGCGAACGGCAAGCUGUGCGCCUGGGAGGACAACCCCGGACCCAUGGACUGCCAAGAGAAGCACGGCAUCUGCGUGUCGAAUCAGGGUAGCUGCUUCUGGAUGCCCUCGAGACCUUACGACCAGUGUAUCAGGGAGCACCAUCAGGCUCGGCUCUUACAACAGAGACCCCACCGCGAUCAGCCGUAAAUCUGCAUCUCUCGCGUAUUCUGUACAUAUGUGCGUGUCCGCGUGUCCGCGUGUCCGUGUGCCGGUGUGCGUCCGCUUCGAGCAUGUUUCCUGUUUCUCCGCGAGUCUCCAGUGUGAAUGCGAUUAUUUAUCAACUAUUCUUUACCGAUGAAACAGUACCGCGAGCUUCGCUGCUUUGUCCUCUUAUUUAUCUCUGUUCUGCUCGCCGUCAUCUCGCAAAACCGUUCUAUCGCCACCGAAUCGUCUCCCUUUGUAAUUACGUUCUAUCGUACCAGUUGCUUCGACUUUGUCAAACAAUCGUUCACCCGCUCAAUAUUUGCCCGCGCACACGUCAAGUACCGAUUCGCUCCGCCGAUUUAAAUAUCCCAUUGCUUCAUUAUUAUCUUAUUCACGCCACAGUUAAGUAAUUUUCUUUUUCUUUGGCUGAGACUGUAGAUUCUAUUUUUCGCGCUGUAUUGUGUACCUAUUUAUUUUCAUUGAUCGUCUAUCCAGUAAACUUCCAUUGAGCAUAGA